AACCCACAAGCAGUGUAGCUCCUAAACUAUCAGAGGAUCGUCUGAAUGAAAAGACGUUCAAAGGUGGAAGUCCCUUCGCCUUACUAUGCCUUAGUCAAGGAUAUCCUGUUCCAUUUUUCAGAUGGUACAAGUUCCUGGACGGCUCGUCGCGCAAACAGGCCGUCGUGAUGGAUGACCGCGUGAAGCAGGUGUCGGGCACACUCAUCAUCCGUGAGGCCAAGGUCGAGGACUCGGGCAAGUACCUGUGUGUCGUCAACAACUCUGUCGGCGGAGAGAGUGUGGAGACUGUUCUGACUGUGACUGCCCCGCUAGCAGCCGGCGUGGAACCGACGACGCAGACGGUAGACUUCGGUCGGCCGGCCAUCUUUCGCUGCAACUACGAGGGUAACCCGGUGAAGACGGUGUCCUGGUUGAAGGACGGCAAAUCCAUUGCCGGUCACGAGGAGUCGGUGCUGAGGAUUGAGUCGGUGCGCAAGGAGGACAAGGGCAUGUAUCAGUGCUUCGUCAGGAACGAACAGGAGAGCGCCCAGGCUAGCGCCGAGCUGAAGCUUGGUGGACGAUUCGAGCCUCCUCAAAUCCGACACUCGUUCAAUGAGGAGACGAUGCAACCAGGCCCCUCCGUAUUCUUGAAGUGCGUCGCCUCUGGAAAUCCAACCCCGGAAAUCACAUGGGAACUCGAUGCUAGAAAACUCUCCAAUAGUGACAGACUGCAGGUAGGCCAGUACGUGACGAUGAACGGCGACGUGGUGUCUCACCUGAACAUCUCGUCGGUGCAGACGAACGACGGCGGCCUGUACAGGUGUGUCGCCUCGUCUAAGGUGGGCUCGGCCGAGCACGCUGCUCGCCUGAACGUGUACGGACUGCCGUUCGUGCGGCCCAUUGACAAGAAGAUGAUUGUCGCCGGCGAGACGCUGUUUGUCACCUGCCCCGUUGCUGGAUAUCCGAUCGAGUCGAUUGUCUGGGAGCGAG